AUGGCUGUAGCUGUCGAUGACAGCAUGGAUCCUCAAACAGAUGCUAUAUGGAUACUAUCUUCAACUUUUAUUGUGUUCACUAUGCAAUCAGGUUUUGGGUUAUUGGAGAGCGGAUCUGUUAAUGUAAAGAAUGAACUGAACAUUAUGGUGAAGAAUGCUGUGGACGUCCUGUUUGGUGGGCUUACCUACUGGAUGUUUGGCUAUGGACUGAGUUUUGGCGACUCCGUGUAUAGUAAUCCCAUUUCUGGUUGGGGUUAUUUCUUUGUCAAUGCCAACGACGACAAACUAGGAAUAGUUUAUUCCAAAUUUUUCUUUCAAGCAUCGUUCGCAACUACAGCAACAACUAUUGUUUCAGGAGCCAUGCAGGAGAAAGAAAGAAAGAACAAAAAAAUGACAUCAUAGAUGUUAUCCCAAUGAUUAACACCACACUAAUAUUUGCAACCGGCACAUUGGGUAUGGGCCUCGAAUGGCUGGCUUUACCGAUUCGGCGUUGUGGACAUAGCUGGGGCGGGUCCUGUACAUAUUGUAGGCGGGGUCACAGGAUUGGUUGCCACCUUAAUUUUAAAGCCGCGACACGGGCGAUAUGUGGGACAUAAAAGUCGAAUACCUCAGAUGAGUUCGCCGACAAAUGCAGUACUCGGCAUGUUCAUGCUUUGGUGGGGAUGGCUUGGUUUUAAUUGUGGCAGUACUUUUGGUAUCUCAGGAUUGAAAUGGAAACUGGCGGCGAGAUCAGCCGCCACUACUCUAUGUUCGUCUGUUGCUGGUGGAAUCGCUGGCUUCUUUCUAAGCUACAUCGUGAAGAAGAGAAAAUUUGACGUAACAUACAUGAUAAAUGGACUUCUGGGGUCUCUUGUGUCGAUUACAGCAGUAUGUGCCAUUGUGCAGCCUUGGGAAGGUCUUGUUAUCGGCUUAGUUGGUUCGGUAAUUUCAAAUGUGGGUGUUGCUCUGCUGGAUAAACUUAGAGUGGACGACCCUGUAGGAUGCGUCGGAACCCAUGCCUUGUCUGGAUUCUGGGGAAUGUUGGCAGCAGGCCUAUUCAUCAGGGAUGACUCUCUUCUAGAGGCUCUGUAUCUACAAGGUGCAACCGCGGGAGCGUUUCAUGGUGGUGGCUUCCGUCAGUUAGGUGUACAGACUUUAGCUGUCGUGGCUAUUACUGUGUGGACGUUGAUCAUGUCAUUUAUCAUACUGAAGCUGAUUGACCUUACGGUAGGACUACGAGUGUCUCUAGCCGAGGAAAUAAUCGGCGCAGAUAUUGUCGAGCACGGUAUUGGUGACAUGGUGUACAAUAGAAACACUAAAACAGUUACUUACAAUCCAGAGGAAACUGUUCAGGAUCAGAAAACUAAUGGUCAGCAUGCAGAAGUACGGAGAAGAUCCAGUGCAGCAAGUGGAUCUUUAAAUGAAAUAACACACAUACUUGGUCAUACCGGUCGCCGUAGAACUUUGACCGAUAUUAACAUAGAUCUGUCGAGAGAGCUAGAUCAGCCUCGCGCGUCAUUUGACUUAGCCUUGCCGAUAGAAGAAGAGCGUCCAAUUCCAAGUUCAGAUGUAACCGAAUUAGACAGCACCGCAUGUAAAAAGGAUCAGAACUCAAGCAUGCCGGUUUCUUUUUUUUGCACAAAUGUGUGACAAAAUUCAUUGGAGGAAUUCUUCUAAAUAUCAAGUCGGAAGAUUUGAUCACAAUAAUCACAAUCAUGGUAAUUGUUACACAGAACAGCAAAACGCAAAUUCUCAAGGAGGACGACUCAGAUCCUCAUCUCUUCAGCUUCCUCGGUCUGCAAGUAACCACCAUUUAACUGAGAAAAAUUUCAACAAACCCUCUUUCAGUGAUUGCGAAUCAUCCUUUAGUGCGUCAUUAUCCGGCAGUUACCCCAGUACAAACACUAUACCACUCGAAAUUUCUAAUAUUGACUUGGCAGAACAUUUUGGAACACGUCAUGAGAAUAAUUUUAUUUCAAAACAGAUUACACAUUUCUAGAUAUAAUUACAGUAAUAAUCACAUGUAGCGUAUAUCGGACAUUUUGAAAAUCUAAUAAAUAAUUCUGAAAAUAAGAAGUUAGAACAUACUGAUCGUUAGAAAAUGGUAAUUAUAAACAACUAAAUUUAGUCUUUUAUGUGUAUGGCAGCCAUAAUUUUUCAAAUUUCCGUUUAUUAAUUAAAGGACACCUUCCUGUUUUAAAAGUAAUGCAUUUUAUAAUAAGAAUGGUUUUAAUAAUAAGAAUUGUUGAAAAUAGGAUAUGUGCAGGGUUGGCAUGCCCUAAACGCGUUUAAACCCCCCAGUUUCCUUUUUAUAGUUUACUGACCGUACCAAGGCGGUGCCCCUAUUUUCAACUUGUUUUCUGUCCGUCUCGUACUUUGUGUUGGGUAUGUCGUCUUGUUUGUCGUUAGCGUUUCUUUCCUCUUUCUCCUUAUUACCCCUAUUACUCCCUGUCGCCCCAUUCCAUCCAUUUCCUUUGCAUUUACGCUUCCUUGCAUUUGCUGCCUAUCUCCUUUUACCAUAAGUAAGUU